CCAACAAUUGCACCUGCUGUUGUGGAGGAGGAGAAGAAGACAAGCCGCUUCAGCAAGCAAGCAAGCAAGCCAGCAGAAGCUAAACAGGCGCCAGCCAGUGGAUGGGCUGACACGCCUCUGCCGACAUGGAGGACGCCCACUUUAUCGACGAUGAGGAAUGGGAUCAAGUGGAGCAAGAGCUGGAGGAGCUGGUGAAAAGGUCCUUGGAUGGCUCUGGGAAGCUGGACGAGACCUUCGAUGCGGACUUCUGGGAGCCGGCCGUGUCUGAAAUGAUGGCAUCUCUCAACGCGUCCCUCGACGAAGACGCAGCAGCACUCGCAGCAGAAGACAGCGCAGCACGAGGUGACGAAGGCGACGUAGCCCCGGUUCGCGGUCCACGUUCGCCUGCGCCUGCACAGCCCGCUGAUGCCUCAACACACGGUGAGCUGGCUGCGCCAGGCGUCGCUCCCGGUCUUGAUGUCACGGAUGAUGACUGGGAGGCAUUCGAGGCAGAGGUGAAGGCAUCUGCGUUCAAGCGGGUAUCCUCGAGCCAGCUGGAGCCGCUUGCCACGGCGACGACAGCAGCCAGCACCGCAGACGGCGACGACUGGGAUGAUGCCGUGCGUGAGCUGGAGCAGAGUUUCAUGAGUGAGUUGAUGGAGGAGCAUGAAGAUGCCGCUGUGGAUGAGAACAGCGUGGCUGCGACACACAAUGAUGACACGCCAUCACACGUGCAGCUGAACAAGGAGCGUCAAAGGCGGGACAACGGGGACAACCAGCCAACGGAGGAGCAGGAGAAGGAGGAGGAGGAGGGAAGCUGGCAACAUGAGGAGGAGGAAGGAAGCUGGCAAAACGAGGAAGAGAGCGGGGGCGUCAGUGAAGCCAACGCUGGGCCAGAUGAAGCACGCGGCCCCAGCCUCGACGCCGUCAGCAGUGGCAGCCUCGAUGACAGCGUGAUACCCGUUGCUGAAGACAUAGUGCAGGACCUGAUGACGGCCGCGCUUGGGCUCGUUGUUGACGAUGCAAGCCACUCUCAUGUGGAAACAGCAGGCCGCCGUGGAGGUGAUACGAGUGUCGUCACUACAAAUGCAGGUGGACACGUGGAUGAUGAGGAUGACCAGCUGAUGGUGGACAAGAAUGGCGAUGACGGCGCGACUGCAGUGAUGGCAGGAUUCGAACAAGUGACGGACGAUGAGCUCGAUCAGGCCAUCAUGGCCACGCUUGCACGCACUGAAACGGUGGCAACGGCGGUGGAAGACGAGGAGGACGAGGACGAGGAGGAGAAGGAUAAAGAUGGGGGCGAGGACGAGGAGGAUGAGGAGGAUGAGGCCAGCGAUGAAGAGGACGAGGACGAGGACACAGCAGAGAGUGUUGUGGAGAAGCAGAGAAAUGCUGUGUGCGAUGAGCAAGAAGAGACGCUGCAGGACAGGGCGAAACUGCAAGAACUGCAAUUCGCUGUACAGUCGUCCAGGGAAGACUUUGAUCAGAUUCGAGCAAGUUUCCAGCAGCAGACGGCCGAAAUGCGACAUCAGCUGGCGGCAAUGGCAGCAAGCAUGAUGUCCGCCGUGCAACAACAACAACAACAACAACAACAACAACAACAACAACAACAACAACAACAACAACAACAACAACAACAACAACAACAACAGCAGCAGCAGCAGCAGCAGCAGCAGCAGCAGCAGCAGCAGCAGCAGCAGCAACAACAACAACAGCAGCAGCAGCAACAACAACAACAGCACGAUGAGAGCCGUGCAUCAAGCGACAAGGCAGCUGCAUCUGUGCGUGUGUGGCAGCGAGCAGCAGAGGAUGCGCAGCAGCAGUUGGCGACGGCCCGCGAUCAACAUCAGCAGUUGCAGGCACAACUUGCUGCAGUGCAGGCGGAGUUGGCUGCUGAGUGCGCACGUGCGUCAUCUCUUGCACCACUUGCAGAGCGAUGUGAGGCGGCAGAGACGCUUGCGGAGCAGUACCAGCAAGCCGCAGCAGAUGCACGUGCAGAGGGGAAGCGCAAGGAAGCGCAGACAGAUGCGGCGAAGCAAGCUGCGGCAACGUAUCGAGAAGAGAUGGACGCAUACAAGAAAGAGGCGAAGCGACUGGAGGAUGAACUGCAGGACACACGUGCACGGCUGCACGCGACAAUGGAGGACACACAGGCCGCCAAGAAGAAGGUGGAUGAGGUUGUGGCGGUGAAUGAGGACUUGCUGUCGACGCUGUACCGACGCGACGAAGCAGCACGAGCGCGCGAGCAGGAGACAACAGCACAAAUUUCACAGCUCGAAGCGCAGAUUGCGGCCCUUCAGGACGAGGUGGCAACGCUGAAGACAGAGGGCGGCGAAGACAAGGCGGCGUGGGAUGAAGAGAGGCAACGGUUGGAGAAACAGGCGGCAGCGUUGACGGAGAAGGCAAAAACUGCAGGAAGACAGGCGACAAUGGCAGCGGCAAAGGCAGAGGAAUUCCAGCAGCUCUUGCUGGAGAGAGAUGAAAGCGUUACAGGCCUUCGAGCCGCAGUUGCAGACGCAAGCGCACAACACGCGGCGAAACUGAAGGCUGUUGAGGAGGAGCUUGCUGUCACCAAGAGCCAGCUCGAGACCAAGGCUGCGGGGGUUGUGACCCUUGAGGAAACUGUCGCGAAACAGAACAGCACCAUUGAAGAGUUGAAGGCACAACUGAAGGACUCACAGGAAGCGCUGCGCGACCAACAUCUCGAAAUGAAAUCGCUCGUGAAGGAAGCAGAGGACGGGCAGCGCAGUGAACUCGUGACGCUGCGGGUGCAAGCGCGCAUGCACAACGCCGUUGUUGAGCGGUACGAAGCCAAAGUGGAGGACCUGACUGCCAGGAACCAGGGACUGGCCAAGGAACUCGCCGUGCUGCGAACCUCAACAUCAGAGAUGAAAACGAAGAUCACCGACACAUCAGAGCUCCAGCAUCGCCUCGCCGUCGCAGAAAACAUGGCCUCACUGCUGCAGACGGAAAACAGCGAAUUACGGGCGCGUGUGUCGAAGGAAGUCGACCGGCGUGCGACCGCAGAGAGCGAAGCGACGACGUUCAAGUUUGACUAUGAGCACAUGCGCACCGUCAACGAACAGCUGACGGCAGAGGUGGAGGAGCUGCGCAGGCAAACGCAGCAUUCGACUCCGGGUGUGGGCCUUGACUUCCUUGCUGCACCAACGACAGCGACCGCUGCUUCUGCGGCCCACACGUCCACGAUGGGCACACCGCCGCCGCCUUCAACAAUGUCGGAUUACAUGUCAUCGUCUUGGCAGUCGCUGGCUGCUUCUUCUGCAUCAAAGGCGUCGCCGUUCUCGCUCUUUCCGCUGCCGCCCAACUUCUACGCGCAGCAGCAGGCGACCACAUCUUCCGCGCCUGCAUCGGAAUUGGACUACAUGCGCGAUGCAAGGCUUGCAGAACAGAGAGCGAAAGAUUCGGAGAGGCAGGUCAUGGUGCUGUUGGAGAAGCUCAAGCAGUACGAGACAGCUGCGCAGCACCCGACAGGUGCCAUGACGGGCGCAAACGUGGUAGCGCUCUCAACACACAAACAGCUGAUGGAUCUGCUGGAGAAGCGCGCUGUCGACGCCGAGCGGAAGUGCAAGGAGCUUGAAGCAGAGAAGGUGGUGAUGGACGGCCAGCUCUCCACUGCGCGUAUGUUGCUGGAGGCCACGAAACAGGCACCACUCGCCACAUCAUCCUCAGUGGUGGCAGCAGCUGCUGCGGUGACGGGUGUCGACAGCAAACGUGCCGACGACAGCAAGGGGCGGGAUGUGACUGCGGCACAUCCACGUAAGCAGUCGUCGCCAGGUGAUGCCGCUGCUGUUGCUGCAGCGCAAGGGCCUUUGAAGCUACACGAUGGCAAUGCACACACUGCAGCCGCUGCCGCCACCACAGACGAAGAAGAAACGCCAGGAGAACAAGUGGAUGCUGGGCGUGGGGGAGAUGAGAGCACUGCCUCCUCAACAUCAACAACUGCUGCAACAGCAACGACGCACAAGAAGACGCCGCCGCGUGUGCGCACAAAGACACGCCGUCGCCGCUCCAAGCUGAAGAAGUUUGAGCAGCACAAUGACAAGGACACGGCCACCAGCUCUGCGACAUCAACCCCAAAACGGACCCCAGGAAAGCUUAAAGCCAAUCUCCUCAGCACUGUCGCCAAGGUGGUGAACAGCCAGCAGCCGCUGACGCCACAGGACCUGCAGCGGCACGUGGCAGCGGCGAAAGUGCAGCGUGAGGGCGCACUGUCAUCAGCAGCGGACGACAACAACGACGAUUGUGGUGGCGGUGGCGACCGUAGUGCUAAUGGUGACACUCGAACAGACUCCGAUUCCGACUGGAGCGAUUCUGGGGACGAAGGCGGACCACCGCCACCGCCGCAGCCACCAGCCGCAGCUCGGCAGCACGCGGGGGCAUGGCAAGAGCAUGAGUUGUCUGCCUCUCAUGACCCCAUGGCAUCUUCACCAUCUGCAACAUCAGCGGCAACAGCGCAGCAGCUGACACCGCUGACGAACCAGUUUUCAAAGCCCAUCCCACCCCGCCAGCGUCGCCUGCCAUCCCGCCGACGAAAAGCGGACGUGACACCAACGGAUCUCUUUGAUGACUCGCCAUCGCUGCCCAUCACACCACCACCACCACAACAACAACACCAACAACAACAACAACAACAACAGCAGCAGCAAAGUAACCCAGACUCGAGUGCGGGCGCGAGCGUUACUACAAUAACCACUGCAGCGGAUGCCAGGGAUGACGCUGACUCGGGUGGAGGCACGCAUGCGGUGCCACCGACAAAGCCAAAGCCAAAAGUGAAGCCAAAGCCUUCGCCAAAACCAGCCAAACCCAAACCAAAGCCCAAGCCCUCGCCCAAGCCACCGGCCACGCCUGUUGCCUAACAACACAUGCCUGCCUGGCUGACCGUUGUUGGUGGUGUUUGCCCUCUCGUGCUCCAUACCGUUGUUAUUCCCUUGUAAUGUUGUGCUACCUACAACCUUCCUUCUUUUGCGUGCUUGGCCAUGUUAUUAGCUUGCUCCCAGUUUGCUUGUCUUCUUCGCUCUUGUUCUCCUUCAUCCUAGCGUCAGUGCCCCUGCCUGCCGGUGUUCCUUGUUGUGAGCAGUACACAGGAUAAUGUAAUAGCAUGC